AUGACCCUGUCUGAGAAACAGAUAUCGGCCAUCUCGGUCACCGAGCGGGUCUGCUCGACCAUCUCUUUGAUGGGAACGUUCGUGAUAGUAGCCACUUUUCUUGGAUCCUCUGCGUUCCGGAAACCUAUCAAUCGUCUGGUGUUUUAUGCGUCGUGGGGUAAUAUGAUGGCUAAUAUAGCCACCAUAAUUUCGGCGAAUGGUAUACACCAAGGAGUUGAUAAUUCACUCUGUCAGUUUCAAGGCUUUUUGAUUCAAUGGUUCAUGCCUGCCGAUGCUCUGUGGACCUUUGCAAUGGCCUGCAACGUCUACCUAACAUUCUUCCACAAAUAUGACUCCGAGCAGCUACGGAAAUUGGAAUGGAAAUAUGUCCUUUGUUGCUAUGGAAUCCCAUUUAUCCCGGCAUUUGCCUUCUUCUUCAUUCAGACCCAAGCACGAGGUCGGAUCUAUGGCUCCGCCAUUCUCUGGUGCUGGGUCUCGAUUAAAUGGGACUUUCUUCGCAUUGCCACCUUCUACGGGCCCGUCUGGUUAAUCGUCUCGUUGACCUUCGCCAUCUACUUACGCGCAGGAGUAGUGAUCUAUCAGAAGCGUCGACAGCUUCGGAAUAUCGGUGGCAUUGACUCGCUUGACAUUGAUAUUCCGGAAUCUCCAUUUGCCAUGUUGACUGGAAUCCAAGUCACGAGGGAAAUUGCCUGCUCGACGCCUGAGCGUCGGUCUAUUUCGGCGGAGAGCGCCCGCGGUUUGCCCUCUGCCGGGUUCAGAUCAUAUACAGUCACUAUUGAAGGUGGUAGCCAGCAAAACAAGUUCCAAAGACCCAGCUCCCAAAUCGUCCCGGGUCCUCUCCAGAAGGAAACUACUGUCAAAACAAGACCCGACGUUGUCGACUCUCAGCGGAGGCUCACCACAGAGACGAAUUCAGCUACUUGGGCAUACUACAAAUAUGCCAUGCUUUUCUUUAUCGCUUUACUUGUAACAUGGGUCCCAUCCACCAUCAAUAGAGUAUAUUCUCUCGCCCGCCCUAAUGACUUUAACUUCAACCUCAAUUAUGCUUCUAGCUUUGUGCUCCCCCUACAGGGGUUCUGGAAUAGCCUGAUUUACGUCUCUAUCUCAUGGCCUGCUGUCAAAACACUAUGGUCCGACAUCCGUAAGCGCAUACGUUCAUGGCAUGUGCCCUGUCCACCAAAGCAGCUGCAGCCAAUCCAUAUUCGGAAAGGCUCUCAAAGCUCUUUGACGCCUCAUUUGUUGCAGGCAGAUAACGAGGAAAGGCGUCGCAGCUGGCCUGGGUCUCACCCACCUUGUUAG